AUAAUUAAUUGUACAGCAACUAUCGCCAAGUGAAUAACAAAAAAACUAUUACAGCCCUAAAAUUUGAUGAUAAACUUUGUAAUAAUCAUAUCACCAAUGAGAAUUUGAUGAAAAAUUAUCAGUAACAGCCAACGUAUGUAAACAAACGAAGAUUAGGUUGUGUAUAAAUACUGUAACAUAACUUCGAUACAGUUAGUUAUCUUGGAACUGUCAAAAGAUGAUCGCGACACUUCUACCAAUCACGCUAUUUUUAAUAGCGUAUUCUGUGUAUCUCUUUACCAGAAGAAAGUUUUCAUAUUGGGAGAAGAAAAAUAUUCCGCAUCUACCACCAACAACGAUCUUUGGUAACUAUUCAAACUUUAUGUUACUAAAACAAAACAUGGGGGACAAUACUCUGGAGCUGUGUGAAACAUUCCCUGACGCACCGCUCAUCGGCGCUUACUAUGGAACAGAACCCUCUCUCAUCGUCCAGGACCCGGAGCUGAUCAAACUGGUCACCACAAAGGACUUCUACUACUUCAGUGGCCGUGAAAUCUCAAACUAUGUCCACAAGGAAAUGUUCACACGUAACCUUUUCUUUAAUUACGGCGACAAGUGGAAGGCCCUACGUCAAAAUUUAUCACCUAUUUUUUCUUCCUCCAAAAUGAAGAACAUGUUCCCCUUAAUCAAUAAGUGUUCCUUUGUAUUUGAGGACAUGUUAGACCGGGAAAUUGGAAAUUCAAGCGUCCUCGAUGUGAGAACAAUACUGGCGCGGUACACAAUGGAUUGCAUCUGCUCUUGUGCAUUUGGCGUGGAAACGCAAACCAUGGAAAAACCAGAGAACAACGUUUUUAAGAGAAUGGGCGAUCUAACGAUGUUUUCAACAGUGUUACCGGCUCUAAAAAACAUCGCCAGAAGUAUGUGGCCAUCAAUCUUCUACGGUUUGGGAUUUAGGACAAUUUCGACAGAUGUCGAUGAUUUCUUUAAUAAAUUGUUAACCGAUAUAUUUGAAAAUCGAAAUUAUCAACCAACAUCUCGAAAUGACUUCAUUGAUUACAUGCUGAACCUACAGAAAAACAAUCUGGCUGGUGAUGGUAUUAUGAAUUUAAAAUCAGUGGCAGGAUCAAAAAUGACUUUGGAGAUCGACGAAAAGUUUUUGAUAGCACAAUGUGUUCUGUUUUUCGUCGCCGGUUUUGAAACGUCAUCGACUGCAUUGUCGUUUACAUUGUUUGAAUUGGCAAAGAACCCUGAAAAGCAAGAUAAGGCUAUCGAAGAAGUGGAUGCAUACUUGCGUCGUCAUGAGAAUAAACUUAAAUACGAGUGCGUCGCCGAGAUGUCAUACUUGGAAGCGUGUGUAGAUGAGGCGCUGCGUCUGUAUCCAGUAACGGGCGUGUUGCUGCGAGAGACCUCAGUUGACUACGUGUUCCCCAAUGGCCUCAAAAUUGAGAAGGGUCUCCGAGUGCACCUACCACUGUACAAGUUACAUUACAACCCAGAUUACUUCCCGGACCCGAAGGAGUACCGACCGGAGAGGUUCUACGGCGAGGAGAAGCGCAACAUCAAGCCCUACACGUACAUGCCAUUCGGUGAAGGUCCGAGGAUCUGUUUAGGAAUGAGAUUCGCUAGAAUGCAGAUGACGGCUGGACUCAUAACCCUUUUAAAGAAAUAUAGAGUGGAGCUAGCGCCAGGAAUGAAGACGGAUCUAGAGUUUGAGCCUAAAUCGAUCGUCACCAAGCCGACCGAGGAUAUCAGACUGAAAUUAAUUGAACGAGAAGGAUGGCAAACCAGAAUCCUUGCAAAGUGAUAGCUAAAAACUGUUAUGGCAAUAUCAACGGAUUUUUUUUUAUACCCUGCUAUAUCGUUAUUCAGGGUAUUAAAAAAUAUUAUCGUUCCUCCAAUAUACAAAAUCUGAGUCCGUUUUGUAAGAUAAAAUUCAAAAUAAUAAAUUACUCAUACAAAUUAUACCUUAGGUUUGGAUAGAGGUACAGGUUUUGGAUAUUGUUUUUGGUGUAUUAAUUAUGUUUGGUUUAAUAUAUAUUUUCUAUCUGAAUAAAAAAUAUUGUAAUAAAA